AUAUCGUACAACUAUUUGUAUCUAUUAAUUAAAUUAAUAAUAAUUAGAUUAAAAUCUGUCAUACAUCAAUCAACAAUGCGAAUUUUCAUGAUCCUCACAAUCUUCCUAGCAGUCGUGUAUUCAAAUCACUUGGAUAGUAAAGAAAAAUUUUUUAAAAAAUAUCUCGACUCAAGAGCACGAUCAGAAAGUCUAGGACGUCUUCUUAAUCAUAUUUUCCAUGAAUAUUUCACCGGCUGCAUUGUAAUUACGAUAUUCGACGAUAAAGUAAAUACCAACUAUCCAGGAUUAGUGAAUAAUUUAAAUGGAGAUUUAUCAGACGUUUCAUUCGUUCGUAGCCAUUUAAAUAAUACUCUAGAUCAAUCACCUCUAAAAUGUCAAAAUAAAUGCUAUCAUUACUUGAUGUUUUUGAAUAAUAUUUAUGAUAUAAGUAAUGUUUUAUCUAAAAAAUCAACAAACAAAGUGGUAAUUGUGUCGCAAUCAACACCGUGGAUCGUAAAAGAAUUUUUAAAAAGUAUUUCAUCUAGAUCUUACACUAAUUUACUAGUAAUAACUCACAGCAUGAGCGAAAGGACAGAGGUAAUGCUGAAUAAUCCAUAUUUAUUGUAUACCCAUAAACUUUAUGUCGACGGAAGCGGUGCAAGUCUUCCAUUUCUCUUGACUUCAUGGAUUGGAGAUCAUAUGACACAAAAGGCAAUCGAUCUCUUUCCCAAGAAACUCAGCGGCGGUUUCAAGGGCCACAGAUUACUCAUUGCGACCGCCCACCAGCCUCCUUUUGCCAUUAGAACGAAUGUAAUAACUGGGAGUAAAAUCGAUUGGGACGGAAUCGACAUACGUAUGAUACAAUUGCUCAGCAAAACUUUGAAUUUUACCGCCGACUUUCGUGAUCCCGUUACAAUUAACAGUCCAGUUUACGCUGCCACAACGGAUGUUAUCACCGGAAAAGCAUCUGUAGCAGCCGGCGGUAUUUACAAAACAACCAAUAUUACAUCAGUCUUAGAUACAUCCGUGUCUCACAUGGAAGAUUGCGCUGCAUUUAUUUCUUCAUCAUCGUUAGCAUUGCCCAAGUAUCGAGCUGUCAUGGGACCCUUUCAACCAGGUGUCUGGGUUCUCAUAUGCAUUGUUUACUUUAUUGCCAUUAUCCCAUUGACAAUCAACACUGAUUACAGUCUGAGCUCAUUGAUAACUCGUCCUAGCAGAUUUAUACACAUGUUUUGGUUUGUUUUCAGUACAUUUACCAACAGUUUUGUUGUUAAGAAUCCUUUGACUACUAAUGGAUUUGCUAAAAAUUCGACGGCUCUUCUUAUUGGUGUUUACUGGGCAUUUACAAUAAUUAUUACAUCUUGUUACACUGGAUCAAUAAUGGCAUUUAUUACAGUACCAAUGUUUCCAGAAUCAAUAGAUACUAUUGAUCAACUUAUAAAUGAAGGUUACGAUGUUGCAACUUUAGACCAUGAUGGUUGGGAAAAAUGGUUCAAUUGGACAACAAUUGAAGAUCCAGUUGCCGUUAAAUUAUUGAAAUCUCUCGAAUAUGUACCAACAGUUACCGAAGGAGUAAAAAAUGCAAGUAAUUCGUUCUUUUGGUCUUACACAUUUCUCGGGUCUAAAAUUGUUCUUGACUAUCACGUACAGGCAGAAUAUACUCCCAACUGGUCGACGAGAAGAUCAGCUAUGCAUAUCAGCAAAGAAUGUUUGGUGAACUUUGGAGUUACUUUGGUAUUACCCAAGGACUCAGUAUACACUCAUCCUUUUAAUACGGUAAUAAUGCGAGUCCGACAAUCUGGUUUGAGUCAGAAAAUAAUACGUGAUGUUGAAUGGGAUAUUCAGAGAACAGCCGAAGGAACUCGACUUCCAAUCUCAGAAGAUUAUAAACGACGAAAAGUAAUUAUAGAAGAGAGACAACUUGCUCUGGAUGACACGCAGGGAAUGUUCCUCGUUCUUGGAGCAGGAAUCCUCAUUGCUAGUCUAGUACUUUUAAUUGAGUGCUGUGUUGAUGGUUUUAAAAAAAAAGACACUGUUGCUGAUACCACAACUUUUACGUCACUCGCUACUACACCACGUAUGAGUUUUCUGACAGUUCCAAAGCCUUGGGAUAUUGAAAGUUCAAACUGCCCGCCGAGACCUCGAAGAUUCAUGAGAGGUAGCAUUUAG